AUGAGCAGCACAGCUGAUCUAUUGGACAAAGUAUUAAAAGCAAUUGAAGAAAAUAUUACCACUGAGAACAGUUGCUCUCUUCUUAUGGCUCUGGACACAUUACUGAACUCUGAAAGUACAAGGGAAAUGGGUUUUACGUGCAAGAUCCAGGCUCUGCGUGAUAAGCUGUGGAUCUUCCUGGUACAGUCUUUCUAUGCUGUUCGUCACACAGAGAGCUGGAAGCUGAUGAGCACUGAUGAUCAACAGAGAAUCCAAGCAGCUGCAUUUGACAAAGGUGAUGAUCGAAGACUGGGCAAAAAGCCUGUAUUCAGUAGCUCUCAGCAAAGGAAACAAGUUUCUGACUCUCCUGUUAUAAAAAACAAGUCUUGGAGGGAAAAUAACAAGAAAGAGUGUUGGAGUUACCCCUCCACUAAUCAAAAGAUGAAAUCUGAUGGAUUGGGAGCAUCUGGACAUUCAUCAAGUAAUAGAAAUACUAUAAAUAAAACUUUGAAGCAUGAAGAUUUAAAAGAAAAGAAUGGUACAAAAAUAACACCUAAGGUUACAAAAGAUUUAAAAACUGGGGAAAAAAAUGUUUCUGGGAAGCCCAGAGCUAUAAUUAAACCCAAAACAGAAAACAGUGAUAAUGCAAAGUCAGAAAACAUGUCUCCUGGGCAAGUUGUGGAAAGAUCAGCAGCAGCAUAUGGACAGAAGAAUUCAUUAAAUGGAAAAGGAGUGAAAAAUCAGGAAGGGCAAAUUACAGGUGCCAGACCCAAGAUACUCUCUGGAAACUUAAAUGUGCAUGCCAAAGCAAAGCCUUUGAAGAAAGUAACAGGAAAAGAGUCUCCAGGCCUCAGCAUCACUGGACCCUCUAGUAAAUCUACCAAUUCAAGUACAGAAUUACUGAUUUCAACUGAAUAUCUAGAUGAACCAAAAGAAAAUGGAUCGAUCAGAGGAGAGAAGCCAUCAGAUCAUAACCUGUCUUUUUUUGAUUCUCAAGGACAAACAGCAAAAACCACUGUGGGAAGUGUCAGAACUUCCACUGUAGUAAAAUCUCGACCUGUUUCAAGGGCUACCAAUGGAACUCCCAAUAAAAAAAGCAUUCAUGAACAAGAAACUAAUAUAAAUGGCAGUGUGUUAAAGAAAGUCACUGGCAAAGGACCUAGUGAUCCAGUACCACAGGCAGUUUUGAAGAAAAGAGGAAAUGGCAAUGGAUGUGCUACAGGCCAGCACAGGACAAAGGGUACCCCAUCUAAUCUUGCUAAAAGCCAAGGAUCUCAAGGAGAGUCACCAAAUUCACUAAAAUCUUCAGUCUCCUCAAGGCAGUCUGAAGAAAAUGUGAGAAAGGUGGAUCACAAUGCAACUACAGAUAAACAAACACCUAAGAGAAAAACUGUCAAGCAGGGACACACAACUUUGCCUAAGGUUAAUGCAAAAAUAGUGACAAUGCCUAAAAGCCUAAGUCAGUCAAAGAAAGGGGAAACUUUGAAUAAUAAAGAUGCAAAACAGAAAAUACUUCCUGGACAGGUUACCUCGAAGACUCAAUCUUCUCAAAGACCUUUAAAAAGUGAAACACCUGUCCAAAAAAGUAUGCUUCGUGAUGUACAUGAUAAUAAUAAGAGCAGUGUAUCAGAACAGAAGUCUUACAAAGCUCUAAUUAAUUUUACACCUGAGAUCAGUGGUACAGAAGCAUCUCAUUCUUUAUGUAAACCCGAUCCACAAAAGCCAUUAAACAAGCAAGGAAAAGAGAAGAUGGUAGUAGAGUGCCAAAAUAUUUCAAAACUGGAUAAAUUAGUAAAACGUGAACUGGAAUCAAAACAAAUUUGUUCAGAUAAAAGUGAAACAAAGUUUCCUGAUCACAAAGAAACAGAUAAGUACCAUGCAGCUAAAAUACAUUCUCAUUCUGAUGGGAGUGAUAAUGUAGAUUUUAAAUAUCUUAGUACCACUGCCCUAAAAUCCAUGAUUACAAAUCCAAAUGAAAACUCCUUGCACUCUAAUCUAGCCUGUGAUUUAGACUCAACAAAAGAAGAGCAAAUCCAUUUAAUACCAGAGAGGGAGAACCAAAUAGACAGAAAAGAUACAAAGCAAAAAUCAACCAUUAAAGGUGUGAAAGAUUUUUUACCUUCUGUUCCUGAAAGGACAAAUGCUACUUUAAAUUCUGUUCAAAAUGACAGAAAAUGCAAAAUUCAUGUAGAAGGACUGACAAUUCCUACUCAGUUUUCUGAUGACUCUGCUACAAACAGAGACAAACAUGCUAUAGUAGGUUCAGAUAUUUCUUCUAAAUGUUGUUCAGGACAAAUAUCAGGAAAAAGUUCUCCUAAAGAUUUGGAAACCACAGAAACUCCAGAGAACCAUGAGACAUUAGAAGCUCCAUUCAUGGGUCCCUGGAGUUUGAGAUCCAGUGUUCAUCAGAGAGAGAGUCCCGAAUCUGAUACUGGCAGCGCUACCACAUCUUCUGAUGACAUAAAGCCCAGAUCUGAAGAUUAUGAUGCUGGAGGGUCUCAGGAUGAUGAUGGCUCAAAUGACAGAGGUGUUUCUAAAUGUGGCACUAUGCUGUGCCACGAUUUUCUUGGAAGAAGUAGCAGUGAUACCAGCACUCCUGAAGAAUUAAAAAUAUAUGAUAGUAAUUUAAGAAUUGAAGUAAAAAUGAAAAAGCAAAGUAGCAAUGAUCUUUUCCAAGUAAAUUCCACAAGUGAUGAUGAGAUUCCUAGGAAAAGGCCAGACAUUUGGUCUCGUUCUGCAAUAGUCCACCCUAGGGAGAAAGAAAAUACUCUGCGAGGCAGUGUCCAGUGUGCUCAGGAAAUAGAUCAAAUUUCUUCCUCAGCAGAUGAAACAGAAGAUGAAAGGUCUGAAACGGAAAAUGUUGCAGAAAGUUUUCCUACAUCUGACCAAGCUCCUCAGCAGUUUCAGGGAAUAAUUAAUUUAGCUUUUGAAGAUGCAGCUGAAAAUGAAAGUCAUGAGUUUUCUGCAAGUAAAAAAUUUAAAAGAUCAGUUUUACUUUCAGUUGAUGAAUGUGAAGAGCUGGGGUCUGAUGAAGGGGAAGUUCACACUUCCUUGCCAUCUUCAAUAGAUUGUCUUUCACCUUCUGAUGUUUUUGAUGGCGUUUCUCAUUCACAUCAUGAAAGGACCUGCUAUUCCAGAUGCUUGCCAGAAAGUCACAAUAGUAUUUUAGAAUGUAAGCAAGAUAAAGGCAAUAGUGUACAUAAAAAUGAAAGCCCUCUCUUGGGUCAUAGCAUUGACUCUUCAAGAAAAGAUCACCACAGUGCUUCAGCCACAGAAAAAAGGAACACAGUAGAUGUCCUGUCCAAAGGAGGCAAACAGCUUCUUCCAGAAGAUUCAAAAGUUAACAUUGGGAGUGAUCAAAAUAAUGACUUUCAGCAAUGCAGCAAACUUUCAGAUAGUGAUAUAAAAAAUCAAGAAAGACCCUGUCAUUUGGAGCUUCACCAGAGAGAACUCAGUUCUGACAUACCAAAGAACAGCUCUACAAAAUCUAUAGACUCCUAUCGGAGUCAAGUUCUGCCUCAGGAAGGUCAAGUGAAAGAGAGCCAUCCCACAGCUACCGAAAAAGCCAAUAUUGCUUUAACUGCAGGAGACAUAGAUGAUUGUGACACACUGGCACAAACCUGCAUGUAUGACCAUCGGCCUUCAAAAACCCUUUCUCCAAUAUAUGAGAUGGAUGUAAUAGAAGCUUUUGAGCAGAAAAUGGACUCAGAAUCACACAUUAUGGACAUAGAUUUUGAAGAUAAUCAACACUUUGCAAAACAAGAUUGGACACUACUAAAGCAACUGCUCUCCGAAGAGGAUUCAAACUUGAACAUUACAAAUUCUGUUCCUGAAGACUUAAAUCUAGCACAGUACCUUAUCAAUCAGACACUACUUUUAGCACGAGACAGCUCAAAACCUCAGGGUAAAGCACAUGUUGACACUUUGAACAGAUGGAGCGAACUAUCAUCUCCACUUGAUUCCUCAGCAAGCAUCACCAUGGCUAGUUUUUCCUCUGAAGAUUGUUCACCCCAAGGGGAAUGGACAAUUCUGGAACUGGAAACUCAGCAUUAA